AUGAAGGGAAUGCUCCCGACGCUUAGUUGGUUGGCACUGGGCAUGGCCAGCCUGGCAACCUGCACCAACCCAGUAGCCCAGACAAAGAACGGAAGUUAUUAUGGUGUCUACAUGCCUCAGUAUAAUGAGGAUUAUUUUCUUGGAAUUCCAUUUGCUAAGCCCCCGUUGGCACACUUGCGUUGGGCCAACCCCGAGAGUCUUAAUGAGUCUUGGUCGGGAUUGCGCCCUGCUACCGGCUAUGCGAUGGAAUGUAUAGGUUACGGCAGUGAUCAAAAAGGUUAUCUGCAGAGCGAGGACUGUCUCUACCUAAACGUGGUCCGUCCCGCUGAAUACGACAAUGCCAGUCUUCCAGUCCUUGUAUGGAUUCAUGGCGGUGGCUUCGCACAAGGCGGCACUCCCGACCUUCGAUACAAUCUUACAUUUAUUGUUGAACACUCGGUCAAUAUCGGCCAGCCAAUUAUCGCAGUGAGCGUUGCCUAUCGUCUCGGUCCUUGGGGUUUCUUCAAUGGGGUCGAGCUCGCCAAUGAGGGAUCGUUAAAUCUCGGGCUGAAGGACCAGCGCUUGGCCCUGCAUUGGGUGAAAGAGAACAUUGCAGGUUUCGGUGGCGACCCUAGUAAAGUCGUGAUUUACGGACAAAGUGCCGGCUCCGAAAGCGUGGGAUACCAAAUCCGCGCGUACAACGGCCGAGAUGACGGGCUCUUCCGCGGAGGCAUGAUGGAGUCCGGCGCGGUGUUACCUGGCAGUGCCUUGAACCUCACCUGGACAUAUGAGCCUUGGUUCCAGCAAAUAGCAGACGAGGCAGGAUGUUCCCAGACCACCCGCAAACUGGACUGUCUACGCCGCACGCCCUUCACAGUCCUAAACAACAUUCUGAACACCACCGCCAACGACACGACGCCUUACAACUGGAGGCCCACAGUGGACGGUGACUUCGUAGCGCGAUAUCCCAGCGAGCAACUCGACACAGGAGACUUCGUCAAAGUACCAAUCAUAAUCGGCUACACCACGGACGAAGGAACAACAGAGUGCCCAGAACCAGUGAACACCACCGCCGAAUUAAAAGAAUACCUCAGCUCAACAACAACCUACGGCUGGGCCCUCGACUCACAGGUAGUAUCCUCGCUCCUGGACCUCUACCCCAACACCACCUCCUUCGGCAUCCCAUCAUCCGAAGAACUCGGCGGCAACGUCACCUUCCCACAGCCCUACGGCGCCGCAUUCCGCCAGACGGCAGCAUACUACGGCGACGCCCAGUUCAUAGCCGCGACGCGCUACACCUGUGAGCUAUGGGCGGCACAUAACCUGACAGCAUAUUGCUACCGAUUCAACACCAAGACAGACGAUUACAACAGGGAAGAAGGCGUGGCGCAUUUCUCGGACGUGAUCUUCAUCUUCAACAACCUUAAUGGUUAUGGGUUCAGUCCGAACCCGUUCACCAAUGCUCCAGAGAGCUAUACUGAGCUUAGCUACCUCAUGUCCGGCUCGUGGAUCAGCUUCACUAAUAGUCUGGAUCCUAAUAAGUGGACUGGUCGCGGAAGGAACGCUACGAAGACGGAGAAUUGGCCCGUGUAUGAUCUGGAGAAUCCCUUGAGUAUGAUCUGGGAUGCGAAUGUCACUUCGUAUGCGGCGCCGGAUACUUGGCGUAAGGAGGGUAUUGCGUUGAUUAAUGCUAAUCGGAGGGCGUAUCAGAGGUGA